CUCGGACUGAUUGCUAGGAAUUCUUGCAAUUUCAACCAAAUUUUGCAAUGUACAAGUGAUUAACAAUUUCUAUUCAAUGGUGUGACGUACAAACAUUCAUAUCCUCGUGUUAAAAUGACAUCGAGGAGUAAGAAUGCUGUACGCAUUUACGAGUCGGAGAUCGACAAAAAUCGCGAGGAUUCUAACUGGAAGAAGGUGAUUGAUUUGGCUCAGCUGUUGAAGGCCAGGUCUCCACAGCAUGAGAGUCUUGCCCACUUCCUCAUCGGUGAAGGGAAACUCGAAGCUUAUUUGGAGGAAUGGCCUCCGUCGAAGGAGAAUGUGGAGAGAGCGCAGCGGGAGCUGUCAGAAGCUCGAGGAUACCUCACGUUGGCGACAGACGAGGCAGGCAAGCAGGCUGGAGUAUGGUUGGAUGCUCAUCUUCUACUUGGAAAGCUGCACUACGCCUGCGGAGCUUAUGACGAAGCUUUGAAGCAGUAUAAACUGGUGGACCUGAAUACGCUGAAGGAGAAGGAAUUACCCGUGCGGAGUCUACGUAUAAUGGCGGAGUCCUACGCGAUUAAAGGGCUGUGCCUGGAGCAGAACGCGGUGCCGGGCUCCACCAGCCGGUUCAAACAGGCUGAGAGAGAGACAGAAAUGGUGCGCAGCUUCGAGGUGUCGUCGGAGUUGACGCUGCUGUACCUGCAGCGCGCGUCGGCCGCGUCGCCGCCGCUGGAUGCAGCGAUGCAGCGCGCGCCGCUGCUGCACGUGCGCGCCGGGCGACUGCAGGACGCCGUGCACAGGUACCGCGAGAUGCUGACGGCGGUGGAGUCCCCCGCCACGCAGGGGCUGCGGCUGUCGCUGGCGCGGCAGCUCGCUGAGGUCCUCAUGAGGGGAGGCACCGGACAGGUAUACAAGCCACCAGAAAAGGUACCGACACCGCAGCCAGGGACGUUAUCCAGGCGGAAGGAGGAGCACGUCUCCGAGGGGCCGUGGAAACCGAAGAAGUAUGCCAGCAUAAACCAGUUCGUGCCGAGCAACGCGUACGAGGAGGUGGUGCUGGUGCUGCUGGUGGGCGAGGCGAUGGCGGUGCGCGGCGCGGUGUUGUCGCAGAGCGCGGAGUUCGAGGCGGCGCGCGCGCACGCGCUGCGCGCCGCCGUCGCCCUCGUCGACCUCCUCGCGGUCGCCGCCACGCGCUGGGGGCAGCUCUGUCUCGUGCUAGAGUCGCUGGAGCGUGCAAUGAAGUUCUCGUUCGGAUGCGCGCACGUGUGGCGGCAGCGCGCGCUGGCCACCGCCGCCGCCAUGUCAACUAUUAUUAUUUUUAUGGUGGUAGGUGGCGCUGCAUGGGCGGCGGCAGUACGCGCGCUGGCAGUGGUCCGCCGCGCGGCGCCGCUCGUGCCGGCCGACGCGCCGCUGCGGCUCGUGGCCGCCGACACCUGCUACCAGCCGACGCGCCGCUGGAUAGAAGACGGGAUAGAGCUGGCAGAAGCGGCAUUAGCGAUAGAAGAAGAACAGGAGGGGCCAAUGCUGGCGCGCUGCUGUUUAUACUGCGGCAUCGGACACCAAAUGAAGGCUCAGAAAACAAAUUGCCGCAUCGAGAAAGAAGCCGCUAAUACGACGAGUCUGAAGCUUCUGCAGCGGGCGGUACAACUAGAUGACAAUGACCACUUAGCAUUUUACUACCUCGCGCUACAGUACAUGUAUCUCGGCAUGCUCAACGAUGCCAUGGACGCGACGCGCGCGUGCCUGGCGGCGCGGGCGGAGUGCGGCGGCGCGCUGCGGCUGGCGGCGGCGCUGUGGGCGCGGGCGUGCGCGGGGCGGCGGGGGGCGCGGGCGCUGCAGGCGGCGCGGCUGGCGCGGCUGCACCACCCCUCCGCCGAGUGGCCGCUGUGGGCGCUGGCCGCGCUGCAGCUCGUCUGGGAGAGCGGCGAGGCUGCUCUAGCGACAGGAAAGGAAUUAUUAACAUUACUGAACAACUUCGAAGAGACUGACUUAGAACAGAACGGAUACACGGAGCUGGACGCGCUAUCUGACGAUAUACACGACGACACGCACAGUACAAGAGAUGCCGCGUCGCUGCGGGCGUCGUCUGCGGGCGUGGUGCGGGCCGAGCGCGCGCUGUCGGACGCCGCGUCAUCAGCGUCCGCCCCGCGCCCCGCGCCCCGCGCGCCCCGCCGCGCACACGCCUGGCUGCUGCUCGCAGACCUCUGUCUCAGGCUGGACCGCGUGAGUGCGGCGUCGGGCUGCGUGGCGGAGGCUGCAGCGCUCGCGCCGCACAGCCAUCUCGUGCUCUACACGCGCGGGCUGGUGCAGGCGGCGGACGGCGCGUGGGGCGCCGCCCGGCAGAGCUUCCAGGACGCGCUCGCGCUGCAUCCCACGCACCUCGACAGCAUCGUGCAGCUCGGCGCGGCGUACUACGCGCUGGGCUGGCUGCGGCUGGCCGAGAAGGCGCUGCGGGAGGCGGCGGCGCUGGAGCCCGCGCGGGCCGACACCUGGCGGCGCCUGGCGCUGGUGCUGGCCGCGCUCGGGGAGCCCGCCGCCGCCGCCGACGCCGCCGCCGCCGCGCUCGCGCUGCACCCGCGCGCGCCCGCGCUCCCUCUACCGCCCUGA